UUCCGCCGCAAGGCCGCGGGGCCCUCCAUUUAAAUGUAAUGCUGGAUAUUUAUAUCUCCUUUUAAGUAACAUACUAUAUUAAUGCAGCAAGUCCUAAAGCCAUGAUGUGGCAUGCCAUCCUUUUUGAGAGGUGAAUAAUAUUGAAUAAAAAUGGCUGACAGAAGUGGGAAGAUGGUUCCAGGACAAGUGUAUAUUGAAGUGGAAUAUGAUUAUGAAUAUGAAGCCAAGGACAGAAAGAUUGUGAUAAAACAAGGGGAGCGGUACGUCUUGGUGAAAAAGACCAAUGAUGACUGGUGGCAAGUUAAACCAGAUGAGAAUUCUAAAGCCUUUUACGUGCCAGCCCAAUAUGUUAAGGAGGUCACCCGCAAAGCUCUAAUGCCUCCUAUUAAGCAGGCAGUUGGACUGCCAAAUAAUUCUAUGAAAAGGAUGCAGAGUCUACAUCUUCAGAGAUCGACAGAAAAUGUGAACAAAUUGCCUGAGCUUUCAAGUUUGGGGAAGCCAUUGUGGUCUGUUCAAGGAACAGGUCUUAUUCGUGAUGCCAAUCAAUUUGGACCCAAUUAUAAUCCAGGUCCAACUCUCAAUCUAAGUCUGAACCUGACCCAUAAUAAUGGAAAGUUUAACAGUGACUCACAUUCUCCUAAAGUUUGUAGCCAAAACAGGACGCGCUUAUUUGGUCACUUUCCUGGUCCAGAGUUCUUGGACAUUGAGAAAACUAGCUUCUCCCAGGAACAGUCUUGUGAUUCAGCAGGAGAAGGCUCGGAAAGAAUCCAUCAAGAUUCUGAAUCUGGAGAUGAGCUUAGCAGCAGCUCCACUGAACAGAUAAGGGCAACUACACCUCCAAAUCCAGGAAGGCCAGACUCUCCUGUGUAUGCUAACCAAGAAUUGAAAAUAUCCCAGUCUGCUGUCCCCCCACUUCCUGGGAGCCCAGCAAUUCAGAUUAAUGGAGAAUGGGAAACUCAUAAAGAUAGUUCAGGGCGUUGUUACUACUAUAACCGAGGAACACAGGAAAGAACUUGGAAGCCACCCCGCUGGACUUGGGAUGCAAACAUAAGCAAAGCUUUCCAAAGUCCAGGAGAUCAAGAGCUUCUUUCAUCAGAAGAAAACUACCACAGCACUUGUUACAGCCAGUCAUAUAGUCAGUGUGGUUCUCCUCCAAGGGGUUGGUCAGAAGAGUUGGAUGAACGUGAGCAUACCUCAUAUACCAGUGACUAUACUAAUGAAAAGUGGCUCAAGCAUGUUGACGAUCAAGGUAGACAGUAUUACUACAGUGCGAAUGGAUCUCGGUCGGAAUGGGAAUUAGCAAAAUACAAUCCUUCAGCCCAGCAGCAAAGAGAAAUAAUUAAAAGUAGGAGCUUGGACAGGCGGCUGCAAGAACCAAUAGUAUUAACAAAAUGGAGACAUAGCACCAUUGUAUUGGACACCAAUGACAAGGGUCAAGAGAAAUAUGGAUUAUUAAAUGUAACAAAAAUUACUGAACAUGGGAAAAAGGUUUGAAAGAACUGGUUGUCUUCUUGGGCACUAUUGCAGGGUUCAUCUUUACUUUUUACCAAAACUCAAGGAAGUAGCACAAGUUGGUUUGGGAGUAAUCAGCCCAAACCAGAGUUCACAGUGGAUCUCAGAGGGGCAACCAUUGAGAUGGCAUCAAAGGAUAAAUCAAGCAAAAAGAAUGUAUUUGAGCUGAAAACUCGUCAAGGAACAGAAUUGCUAAUUCAAUCUGAUAAUGAUGCUGUUAUUAAUGAUUGGUUUAAAGUUCUUAGUAGUACUAUCAGUAAUCAGGCAGUAGAAACUGAUGAAAGAAUUGAAGAGGAGGUACCAGAUUCACCAGUAAUAGAAAAGCCGGAUAAAGAAAAAGACCAGAAGGAUCUUAAAAAACUUCGUUCCAUGAAAGUAUCUAGCAUAGAUUCUUCAGAACAGGAAAAAAAAAAAAACAAGAAGAAUUUAAAGAAGUUUCUUACACGACUCCCCACUUUGCAAGCUGUUCGUGAAAAAGGUUAUAUUAAAGAUCAGGUGUUUGGAUCCAAUCUUGCUAAUCUGUGUCAGAGAGAGAAUGGAACAGUGCCAAAGUUUGUGAACUUACGUAUUGAACAUGUUGAAGAACACGGUUUGGAUGUUGACGGAAUCUACAGAGUGAGUGGCAACCUUGCAGUGGUCCAGAAGCUGAGAUUUGCAGUCAAUCAUGAUGAGAAAUUGGACUUGAAUGAUAGUAAAUGGGAAGACAUUCAUGUUAUCACUGGAGCACUCAAAAUGUUUUUUCGAGAAUUACCAGAACCUCUUUUUACAUUUAAUCAUUUUAAUGAUUUUGUUAAUGCAAUUAAACAAGAACCAAGACAGCGUGUUGCUGCUGUUAAGGACCUGAUCAGACAGUUGCCAAAGCCAAAUCAAGAUACAAUGCAGAUUCUUUUUAGACACCUCAAAAGAGUUAUAGAAAACGGAGAAAAAAACCGGAUGACCGAUCAAAGUAUAGCAAUUGUUUUUGGUCCCACUCUGUUAAAGCCAGAGAAAGAGACUGGUAAUACAGCAGUUAAUACUGUGUACCAAAAUCAGAUUGUAGAAUUAAUUCUUCUAGAAUUAAAUUCCAUCUUUGGACGUUGAUUCUUUGGAAGACAACCUGGGGAAUAGAAGCUGGAUUCCAUCAAAUUUCACAUCUUUAUAUACAAUGUAUUUUAUUUUUGGACCAAGCAGUGACUCUUUGAUUUUGCACUUUUUUGAGGGAUCAGAAGGGAAGUGGUAGAGAGAAGAUGCCUGUUAGGCCCUCAUGUUUGCUGCUUUGUUGCAAGGUGAUAUAACUGUGUGUAAUUUUUGAUUCAUUUUAUCUUGAUUGUUUGCAUUUAAUACUCUGAAUUUUAGUAAAAAUGAAAACGUAGAAUAACCAGUCAAAUACACUGGAUAAUUUGAUAAGAAAAACUACAUUUUUCCCCCUCAAACUGGAUAAUGUAGAAUUUCUUCUCAUGACCUUAAGUUCUUGACUUGAUAGAAUAAUACUUACUAGGGAGUUAUUUUAAAGACACUCUUGGGCAUUUAAAACAAAAUGAAGUAUAUCCAUUUUGAAAACUGUGUGUUUCUUUUUCAGGGUUUCUGCAUGCAGUGGCAGUCUAAAUAUUAAAAUUAAUUAUAACCCAGAUAUAAUCCCUCCAUGAAGGCUUGCUGUCUUUUCCUGUGUUGCACAGCAUCCUUACUGGAUAUCUUAGUUACUUGUUUGGCAGCACACUAAUAUUGCUUAAAACACUGUGAUAUACUGGAGUUUCAUUUAGCAUAAGUCAGUUCAGGGUAUUUUGGACUGCCUCACCAUACUGAAUUGUAGCUAACAAUCCUAAUUAUAUCUAGUGCCAUAUUGAAUUCUUGGUAUGACCCUGUGGAAACAGACAUUAUUUGAUGUAAAUAUAGGCCAAAGAUUUAAUGUCUUAGCUUAUGUAUAUAAUUGUGUUGUAUAGUCUCAGAAUACAUGCUAACCCUACAUUUGUAAUCAUGAUAUAGGUAAUCUUUUCUGUGAAUAUUAGGUUUCCUCCAGAAGGAGACCAUUAUUUGGGAAUGACAACUGUGUGCACUUUUAGAUCUUAAUAACAUUUACAGGCAGAUCACUGUAAUGUGAAUGGUACUGGAAAAAUACUGAAAAGACUUGCUAAAUGGUAAAUGCACUACAAGAGGAUCCUUUUAGUUUAUUUAAUAUGUACAGACUACAUUAGAAAAAUUUAUUACAGAAUUCUAACUCUCCAGUUUGAAUAGUGGAAAUUCAUGUGUAAAUUAGAUGAAUCUUGGUUGGAAAAUAACAUUGCUAAAUUUGAGAAUUUCUUUUUACAUUACUAAUGUAAUUGAUUUGUAUAAUAAAACAGGGUUUGGAAGGUCUUGUUACAGGGAGCAUGGUCUGUUGAAAAUUUUUUUAAAUGUAUUUUUCUAGAUUAACUGCUGUAUAUGAAAUGUCUAAUAAAGAAAACUCUAAGAGGUUUAGAGAUUUUUCCAUUGGAA